GUUAGUUACUAAUUAACUAACGGGAUAAAUUUAUAUUAAUUUAUUAAUAUAAAUUUAUCCCGUCAUGUCAGUAUCAAUUGACACUUCAACGUAUACAGACUUAAAGGUAUCCCAGUCGAUAUUAAUGAUGAACAAAAUUACGUUUUUACUCGGAAUAUUCCUUUUUACAUCUGCUAAUGGCCUGCCCAGCGCUGGCAGUUGGCCGAGUUAUUUAAAUACGGGUCCUUACUCCGAAGCAAGGAACGAUCCGAAUUUUACACCCAAUCAAGGUCGCAGUAGUUCAUGUUUGAUGCCCACUGGCGAAGUUGGUGAAUGCGUAUCAUAUUACUCCUGUCCUGAUGCGCCCAUGCCUAUAUAUGAUAAAGGAAGCAUGCUUGCAUGUCCACAUCCUCUAGAAGUCUGCUGUUCCAAUCCGCAAACUGGUAAAGAAGAUUUUAACAUCAGUUAAUAAAAUAUUUUAU